GCUCUCUUGUAUCGGGAGGCGCCGCUAAACCGAAACCGAUUGUCAUUUUUUUGAGGGCUGAAGAUCGGAUUGCUGGUGGCGGUCCAGUUGCUCUCUGCAGUCAUGUCUGUCCGAGAGUCCUUUAACCCUGAGAGCUAUGAGCUGGACAAGGGUUUCCGCUUGACCCGGUUCACAGAGUUGAAGGGCACAGGCUGCAAGGUCCCACAAGAUGUGCUGCAGAAGUUGUUGGAGUCUCUACAGGACAAUCACUUCCAGGAGGAUGAACAGUUUCUCGGGACUGUCAUGCCUCGGCUUGGUAUCGGCAUGGAUACCUGCGUCAUUCCACUGAGACACGGUGGCCUGUCACUAGUUCAGACAACAGAUUACAUUUACCCCAUUGUGGAUGACCCUUAUAUGAUGGGGCGUAUUGCAUGUGCCAAUGUAUUAAGUGACCUUUACGCCAUGGGUGUCACAGAAUGUGACAAUAUGCUGAUGCUUCUGGGAAUCAGUAACAAAUUGUCAGAUAAGGAAAGAGACAAAGUGAUGCCUUUAAUAAUUCAGGGUUUCAAAGAUGCAUCUGAAGAAGCGGGGACAUCGGUCACAGGAGGCCAGACUGUAGUAAACCCUUGGAUUGUCCUCGGAGGUGUGGCCACAACUGUGUGCCAACCAAAUGAGUUCAUCAUGCCAGAUAAUGCCGUCCCAGGAGACGUGUUGGUAUUGACAAAACCCCUGGGGACACAAGUAGCUGUGGCUGUUCAUCAGUGGUUAGAUAUUCCAGAGAAAUGGAACAAAAUCAAACUGGUGGUGACGCAAGAGGAUGUUGAGUUGGCAUAUCAGGAGGCUAUGAUGAAUAUGGCGAGACUGAACAGAACAGCUGCUGGACUGAUGCACACCUUCAAUGCCCACGCUGCCACUGACAUCACGGGCUUUGGCAUCCUGGGCCAUGCCCAGAACCUGGCUCGGCAGCAAAGGAGCGAGGUGUCCUUCGUCAUCCACAACUUGCCCGUGCUGGCCAAGAUGGCUGCGGUCAGCAAGGCCUGCGGGAACAUGUUUGGGCUCAUGCACGGCACCUGUCCGGAAACCUCAGGGGGGCUGCUGAUUUGCCUGCCGCGGGAGCAGGCUGCCAGGUUCUGCGCCGAGAUCAAAUCUCCCAAGUACGGAGAGGGCCACCAGGCCUGGAUCAUCGGCAUCGUGGAGAAAGGCAACCGCACGGCCAGAAUUAUCGACAAGCCUCGGAUCAUCGAGGUGGCGCCGCAGGUCGCCACACAGAAUGUCAACCCCACCCCUGGGACAACCUCGUAAUCUCAACAGAAGAGGAGGUCAGGCCCUUUUUAGACAGAUAUUCAAAUACCACCCUUGAAUACAAAACUUUGUUAAAGCGUUGCAACCCUUCCCAAGUAUUGGGGUGAGGGGGAGCUAACGUUGACACAUUGGUUUAAAAACACAGUAAAUCCAUUGCCUUUUGUGUCUGUUGUUUUCUGUUACAUUAACUGAAGAUGCACCUAAUCGUAAGGCAGCUUCUGAGUUGAGACUAUUAUUAUUAUCCGAUACUGUUGAUUCAUUUUGAAUCUUUAGACACUUCUCGUCUCUCGCCGUUUAGGCUCUCUUAAAAGGUGCUUUCACCAAAACACCUUGCCGAACAGUAGCGCGAUAGCAUUUUCGUUUGUCCGUUCACUACGUACGGUUAAAAACCAGGACGGGCUUAAAAGCUGUAACAGAAAGGUGGAAAAAGAAAAAGAAAUGUCAUGACUGAGAAAGGAGAUGUAAACAUGAAAGACUGCAUGACUAUUUUGUACUGUUUUUACCAAUAUACUUGCCCUAGCAGCGCCCUCGGAAUCAAUUAUUUCCAUGCAACAUUACCUGGACUGUAAACCGAAGAAAGAAAAUGAAGACCUUCAGAAUGGAUUUUCAGUGGACUAAAAAAAAUCAUAAUUUAAGUGUAUAUACACACUUAAUUGUCGAUUACGAUAUUUUCUCUUCGCAGUGCUGUUGAUAUGGUCUUAUUUUACCAGCAGAGAAUGUAACGACCUGAAAAGCAGUUACUGUAUAAACCGUACAUUUUCGUAUAGCAAGUACGGAAAUGGUUUUAAAUAUUAUGAAAAGCGAUAUAUUCUGUGGUCAGCAGUGGCGAUGGUAUAACUCUGUGUAGCUGUACACACCAUAGCCUACGCAAGGCUCGUUUCCACAGAUGCUUUAUUGUCUACUAAAUCACCUGGCUUUCCGCAAUACAGUGUCAACCUGCCAGUGUUGCAGCUUAGAAUAACU